CACCUUGGAUAUUUUCCAGCCGUAUCCGAGAAGGUUAGGAGUCAUAUCUUACAUAUUAUAGGAUCAGGGAUGUGGCUGAAAGACAGCAGUAAGAGCAGUAAGAAGGAGCCAAAGAAAAGCAUUAGAAAUGCUGAAGAAAGAGUCAGAGGCCCAGGGGAGGGACAAAGGAGGUUAGGGGGAGGCUGCAGAUAGUGGAGACGAAAGCAGACGACAGAACAUUGUUAAAGAGCAGGAAUAGAGGUGGAAGGAGAACAUUUUAGAGAAGAAAAGUUUCCGUCGUUAUUUGGAUUCGGACCGGGACUCAUUGAAUGAGAGGUUAACACCAUAACCUCUCGACCACGAGACCCCCCAGAGUUGGUCUGAAACAGGAAGCAUCGUCUCUGAAUGAACAUUUCAGCCUUUAAAAAGGACGUUCCUACCAUACCGUAACACUAUCAUUAUGUUCUGGACAGUCUCUUUGUCAGUGAGAAAAACUUAAAGUACUAAGCGAGCCAGUUUCAUCAAGUGUCUCGAGUUUACAUUGUAAUAAAACUCUGCCUAAAAUCCUCCAUUGAUCUCCAAUUAUAUUUAUAAUGGGCAUGGCUGGAGGUACCAGUGGCAGGUUCCACAUUUGCUUUCUCAAACACUCGUUGAACAAAGUUUGAUGAUCUCUUUAGUGACUUCAAAAAAUAAAUAAGUGCAAAAAACCUGUAAUUCUUUCUACAUAAAAAAGUUCUCUAUGCUGACCACCCCAUUCGUCACUCAUAUAGCUGCAAUCAUCGUCUUCUCCAACAAAAAAAUAAUAGAGAACUAAUCAAAACAAAACAAAAAAACUAAAACUAUGGUACCAGCAACACAGAGAGAAUAAAAAAAAAUGGGCGUAUCGUGAGCUCAGUCGGCAUCACGGACUUAUGUGUGAAAUUAAGUGACAACUUUAGAAAUGAAAAAUAAACAUGCUUGUUCUUGAGAAAUCGAAACAGGUUCGGUCAAAUUGUGGUCAACAAAAAUAAAAAUCUGGCCUUAAACAUUAUGGAUUCAUCAUUUUUUCAUAAUAAGUAACUACAGCAGUUAACCUCUUUUAAAACUUGGCCGAAAUUCAAAUGAGGUCCCAUAUAUGACAUAAGCAUUGGUCAGCAAAUUCCUUGGUAGGUGUCGUGAGCCGUCGAAGAUGACCGUUGUCAGACCUCGACAGAUAAGGGAGGCCAUAUCCCCAUAUCCCCCACCCCCUGCUGCAUAACUCUUAUGCUGUUGUUCUCUCAUUCUGUGGUCCCAAGCAGUAGUGCGGGUGUACCGUGCUAUUUUCUUACAGCUCGUGUAGGACGAAGCUGAGAAAUUCUGGAUAUUUACAAUGGGUUGCCCCGCCCACCGGAAACGGCACCCAGGGAAUGCUGACAGUGAACCAGGACUGGGAUAACCGUUUUGACGGACAAAUGGAAUUCCCAGUGGACGAGGACAUUAUGGGCUGGAUGAUCAACCUCACCUUCACCAAGCCAGUCUCCAAGAUGGACGUGAUGAUCGGAGACCCUAUUUGGCACUCUGCUGACGGUUACAAUUGGCUGGUGGUUGACAAGGGACAGAACGCUGUGUACCACAAGGGGAGUCAGCUCGUUCUUAAAUUCUUCGCCAACUACGAGGGAGGAAAGCCAGCGCCGGACGCCCAAGGAAUUCUAGUGAACCUGGGUCAUGACAACUGGACCGUCGCCGAGGCCCCAACUACUGACAAAUCCAAAUACAAUUACAAUGACGUCCUCUUCAAGUCAAUUUUGUUCUACGAAGCCCAACGUUCAGGCAAGUUGCCGGACACAAACCGUAUACCUUACAGGGGAGACUCUGCUCUAGGAGACAAGGGAGAUAACGGGGAGGACCUUACUGGAGGCUGGUAUGAUGCCGGCGACCACGUCAAGUUCAAUUUCCCCAUGGCCUAUACUACCACGGUGCUCACCUGGGGUUACCUCCUCUACCCGGACGCUUACAAGGCAGCUGGUCAGGAGGACGAGAUCUUGGACUGUGUGCGAUGGCCGUUGGAGUAUCUGCUGAAGUGUCACACGGCGCCCGAAGAACUCUAUGUACAGGUCGGGGACGCUGGGGCAGACCACAGUUACUGGGGACCUCCAGAACUCAUGACCAUGGCCAGACCCGCCUACAAGAUAACAGCAGCCAAACCUGGAAGCGAUGUUGCCAUGGAGACAGCUGCAGCAAUGUCAGCAGGCUAUCUCGCCUUUAAAGACAAAGACCCAACGUUUGCGGCUGACCUUCUGACCCACGCCGAGCAGCUGUGGGACUUUGCCAUGAAGUACCCCGGCAAGUACAGCGACUCGGUGCAGGCAGCCGCCGGCUUCUACAGAUCUUUUAACCUAACAGACGAACUGUGCUGGGGCUCCCUGUGGCUGUACCAGGCCACCAACGACAGCAAAUAUCUGGACGAGGCAGAGAAACUUUUUGACCCGGCCCCGGCAUGGGGCAUGUCCUGGGAUGAGAAGACUAUCGGGAAUCAGGUGUUGUUGUACAAGCUCACGGGCAAAGACAAGUACAAGACAGCCAUAGAGGGUUCCUUCAAGUCCUGGUUCCCUGGCGGAGCCAUCCCUUACUCGCCCAAGGGUCUGGCUUAUAGGAACCAGUGGGGAUCUCUGCGUUAUGCCUCCAACAUGGCCAUGAGUGCCUUAGUGGCCGCAGACAUGGGCAUCCAGCCCACAGAGUACCGCCACUGGGCCAUGUGCCAGAUCCACUACGCCUUGGGAGACACGGGCUUCAGUUUCCUCAUCGGGUUCGGAGAUAAAUACCCACACAGCCCGCAUCACAGAUCCAGCUCAUGUCCGAACCUACCAGCUCCGUGUGGUCCUUUCGUGAUGUCCAGUAAAGAGCCAAACGUGCACACACUGUACGGUGCCCUGGUGGGUGGUCCUGACCAAUCAGAUGGCUAUACCGAUGACCGGUCCAACUACGUCAACAACGAGGUGGCCACAGACUACAACGCUGGGUUCACCACGGCUGUUGCUGGCUUGAAGUCUCUCUGGCUGCGCAGUGAACAUCCAGAACAGACUGGAACUGCGACGUGUCCUUACGCAUCCGGCAGUGGCGGAACUGGUGGUGGAAUGGUCAUAGGACGCUGAGACAAGCUCACAGAGAACUCUCUAGCCCUUAAGAAGAAGUUGAUGGCUAUAUUUUUCGCCCCUUAUCUUCUUUUAAGAUAUAAUUUGCCGAAUAAAUAAAUAAUUUGAAUUUAGAUUAUUUGCACAUUAAAAAUCAUUUAUACUUUGA